GGCAGGAAGAACGGUCUGACCGCGUGCGUACUGUGAAACGAAACGUCACAGACUCGUAAGCACAUCUGUCAAAUUGAAUUUAUUUAAUUUUCCAAUGUUUUUGUAAUGAAUUAAAAAGGUUAUCUCUAUUUGUAAAAUUCGAAGCAUAAUUAAUUUCGAACAGUGUAUAUAUUAGAACAGUAUAUAAAACAAUAAACUGUUAAAUAUGGGAUUGUGCAACUCGUUUUUGUGCUGUCAAAAUUAAACUUUUGUUAUUGUAAAGUAAGGUGUUAAUAUUCAUCUGUUUUCCCUUGAACUUGGUGUAAUUUCAAACCAGCCAGUGCCAGCUGGAAAGUGACUAAACGUUCUAUUUUCUGUUGUUGUGCGAGAAGUAAGAAAAUAACUGAAGAAAUAUGUCGAAGGUCUCCCUGAAUAAUGUGCCAUCGAAUCCUCGUAUCAAUCGUUUGAGAACAUUUUCUAGGACGGAAAGUGAGACGUCAUGCGAAGAAGCAGCAAGACUGACGGCGGAAGGCGCAGCCGCAGACGCCGACGACGAUGAGGCCUACGACUAUGGAGCCCUGCCCCCUCCCCCCGACGGGGGCUACGGCUGGGUCGUGGUCUUCGCAUCCUUCAUGUGUAACAUGAUUGUGGACGGCAUAGCCUACACAUUCGGCAUAUUCCUACCAGAAUUAGUGACGUACUUCGGCGAGGGUAAAGGCACUGUCGCGUGGGUCGGCAGUCUUCUAUCAGGAUUCUAUCUAGCGGCUGGUCCUGUAGUUUCGGCGUUAUGCAACAAGUUCGGGUGCCGAGCAGUGUGCGUGGCUGGGUCGUUUGUAGCUGCUGCUGCUUUCGUCCUAUCCACGUUCAGUAAAAGUGUCACUAUGAUGAUGAUCACGUACGGGUUAAUCGGAGGCCUCGGCUUCGGUAUGAUCUACCUUCCGUCUGUGGUUGCCGUGGGUUACUACUUCGAGUCCCGGCGAUCCCUUGCUACGGGUAUCGCUGUAUGUGGCUCAGGAGUGGGAACCUUCAGUUUUGCACCCUUAGCCGCCCUACUGCUCAAUGAAUUCGGAUCCUGGCAAAAUGCUAACUUGUUGUUGGCUGGCCUGAUCCUUAACUGUGCUGUUUUCGGUGCCCUAAUGAGACCGUUGGUCUAUCCUAAGACAUCUGGCGAAAAGCCGCUAUUGCAACGUAUGGCUGAAGAAAAAAGGUUGCAAAUGGAACGAGGGUCAAUAGGAGGUUCAUACUUCGUGGUCCAGCUCCCAGACGGUACUAUGGAGAAGCGGUUGAAGGUGAACGUUGUAGACGAUACUGCGCCGCUAAACAUUGAUCCUGGAGUGCACUCUUCGCUAAACUUGGAAGCGUUGGCGCGAGUACCGACUGUUCCUAAUAUGCCUGGAGUACCGACUGUGCCUACGUUACCCACUAUUACUGAGGCUAAAGUUGCUGAUGACGGCGAGGAGAAAAAGAAGGGCGAAAACGGCAACGUAACAGUGAACCCGCAACAGCAGUUGAUGUCCCGUAACGUGUCCUCACCCGCGUUCAGUGCGCACGCGCCCGGUCUACCCAAGAACGGCUCCGUACCAUUCUUCGACAGGCAGCGCAAACAGAGCACUGGCGACAGGUCCGGUGAUAGAUUCAAACCGUCCCUGGCUGCUAUCAAAGCUACGUCCAAAACUUCAAUGAACAGUCAAUACAGGAAUGCAGAUGGUGACACAGAAAGCAUGAUGUACAACUCUAAACUCUCGGUGUCUGGUCCUAAGGAGCCUUCUCGCAUGGUUCGCCCAAUGUCUAGGAAAGAUAUCUUCUAUUCAGGAUCUGUGCUUAAUCUACCUCAGUACCAAAGCCAGAAGUCCCUGCAAGGAUAUAGGAACUCUGUAUUAAGUCUACCGCAGAGUAGGCAAACUGGGGACUUGGAGAGACAAGAACAAUACGAUCUAUGCCCCUGCCUAUCGCUUCCUGACUCAUUCAAAUCGGCUCUAUCAUCAAUGUUGGACGUCAGCUUACUCCGCGACCCUGCCUUCAUGUUGAUUGGAGUCUCCAAUAUAUUCGGCAUGGCGGGGCUCUACGUACCUUUCGUGUACAUCGUCGAUGCUGCCCGGCUUAGUGGUGUAGAACCGUCUCAAGCGUCGUUCCUGUUGUCAAUCAUUGGUAUAACGAACACGAUCGGUCGUAUCGCGUGUGGCUGGGUGGCCGACUUCCCCUGGAUGGACUCGCUGUUGCUCAAUAAUGUCUGCCUUGUUAUCGCCACGAUAUCAGUUGGACUGACACCUUUCUGCACCACGUACGCCACGUACGUCGCUAUUGCUAUCGCCUUCGGUAUCGCCAUUUCUGGCUACAUCUCUCUGACAUCGAUCAUUCUAGUAGACUUACUGGGUCUGGACAAGUUAACGAAUGCCUUCGGUCUUCUGAUCUUGUUCCGUGGCGCGGCCGCCAUGAUAGGUUCCCCCCUGGCCGGCGCCGUGUACGACGCUACUAAGAAUUAUGAUGCAUCCUUCUACAUGGCCGCCGCAUUCUUUUUAGCUAGUACACUCACGUCUUUCGCUGCGCCUUUGUUCCGCAGAAAACAAGAAGAAGUCCAACAACCGAUGGACGUGUUGACCCCUAUUGACGAGGAUUUGGAAGAAGGUGAGGAGGAGGACGAGGAUGACACUCCCAUCACGAUGGGUGCCGCGCUGGCACAACGUCCCCCCGCCAUAGUCCGCACUGCGGCAUCUCCCUCCGAUCCCCCAUCCCCCGACCAACCAACCCCCCAAAGAGAAAGUGUACUCUAAACCUUUAAACCACUCAUACCCGAAAUUAAUAACCAAUCUCAUUCUAAAAUCUGUUUAUUAAGAUCAAUUUCUGAUAUCACUUGUAUAUGGAGUUUUUGUCAAAAUUGAUCUAGAGGUUUUCGAUUGAGAUCGAGUAUUAAUUUUUAGAACACACAAUUACACCGUUUGAUUGGAUUUUGUAAUGUUUGAGCUUACCCUCUGAUCAUCACGAAAGUCCAGUACUGAACGCCUUCCUUUAAAGGGGGGAAGGGGUAUUGUAAUACUCCCCACGCUUGGCUAGAGGAAAAAUAUUGCACUAUUAUUCAAAGACUGUUUCUAUAAGUGUCCUAUUAGCAAAUAUUAAUAGAGUACAAAAUGUUACUGAUAAACUCUCUUGUGAUAAUCGUUUGGCGUGUCUGAUUUAUAAGUCACAAAAUGAAAUUUAGAUAGUAAACCUGCAUUUUUGUAUCAAUAUCACUUGAAAAUAGUGCAAUAUUUUGUUCGUUGUGUUCGUUCGUGUUGAGUAGUUGAUGCUAAAGAAAGUUAUCGAGUUAACAAAUAACGGUUACCUUAAUAACUUUAGCGUUUAUCAGAGGGUAUUCAAAAUUGACAUCUACAACGGUGGUUAUAAAGUCUACUUUGACCAGUAGAUCAGGAAACAAAUAAUCUUAUAAGAUGAACUGUUAUGAAGAGUAGUCGGCUGAUUGGGUGAGAAAAAAAAAACAUUAUUUUUCAUUUUUUCAUCAACGAUCUCUGAUGUAUUUAAUUUGGAAACGUAGUACUUACUUUACUUUUCAUUAAAUUAUACUUUGUCUUCCUAUCGACCAGUACGCUUGUGUACUGAUUAUUCGAAAUUAUCGAUUUGUAGGUCGAUUUGAUAUCGCCAAAUUGAUGCUACGUUAAUACCGAUUAGCCGACGGUAUUCUACCUCCAAAUAUUGGGCGUAUAACGAAAAUAUAGGUGAUUUGAUAUACAAUUAGAUUUCACGAACCCUUUUUAUUCUCCAAUUACUAAAACAAUACGAUCUCAAUACAUUGGAGAUGCUGUGAUAAGGUUUCUUGAAAUCCAUUAGGUAUUUAUUAUUUGGUCGUAUAUGUACGACACAGAAUGGAGCCAACGAAAUGAAUUAUUUUCUAACAGUAAUGUACAGUGCUAUUAAAUAUUAAGUUAAUAUUAGAAAAUAACUCAUUUUGUUAAAGUAAAUAUUAUGAAACAUAAAUGCGAAGAUUUAUACGAAGUUACCAUAAGUUAAUGACAUAAAUAAUAACUGGAAUUGACUGCAAGCAAUAAAGCGUCUAUGUAUAUUCGCUUUGCAUUUCGAAAAAUAGAAGGGAUAUCUGAGGUUCUGUAUUCCAAUGUGCCAUAUAUGUGUCGUGGUGCUACGUCAACAAGCGAUGUUUAAACAUUCAUGUGUAACUAAUACUCAAACUGCAGUUUUUGUGAUCAGAAACUAAAAAUGUCCAUAAUUGUCAUUAGCAAUAAUGUUAGUACUUAUAGGCUAUUAAGUACUUAGAAGAUAUAGAAAGAUACAUAGAUAUGUAGGCACUAUUCUCACCUUCUAUACAAUCAUAUCAUACUGGAUUGAUUUAUUUCGAAACGGACAAUAAGAUUAUAUAAAGAGGUCUAAAUUUAUUCAUGUUUUCAUUGACAAAAGUUUUAAAUCGAUUUAUACAAAUAUAACAAUGUAAAUAGAUGCACAGAUGUAAAUAUAAGUUGCGGUUAGGCGUCGGGUACUUAGUGAAUCAAAUUUUAUGUCCCGUUGGUAUGAAGUGGCUUAAUGUUAGGACUCUUUCGUCGACUGUUGAUGAAUGUACUGACAGUAGUAGGAUGUAUAAUAGAAGUGUUCAUAUUUUAAGGGGUCAUCCAUGUACACGAAAAUGUACUAUAGUUACUUCAAACAUUUUAUUAGAGUAGCUAUGAGUAGCCUUCGACCUAUAGUUCGUGUUUAUGGAUAGACGAAAUUAACCCUUAUAGUAUGAAUAUGGUCUUAUUUUACAGUUAGGUAUCGCCGGUUUUCAAUAUGUCUCCUUCUUGGUAUGGUAUGAAUUUUGAAAUGAGGCAAGGGACUAUCAAUUUAUACGAUUAAACCCUAUUAACAUAUUUUAUAGUGUGUGUACAUCGUUUUAAUGUAGCAUUUUGCCUUUAAACUUGCUAGAAUAUGUUAACUUUUCGAGCUUGGCUUUUUUCUAUACGACUCAACGACGAGAGAAAUGUAUGAAGCAGAUCUUAAUCGUCAUUUGCGUACAGUUAUUUUAUAAAGUACAAUGCGCAUAGUGACCUCUCCCACUAAAUCUUUGACAUUGUAUAGAACUCCUGUGGUGCCAUUGUGUCGAACAAGUACUUGUGUAAAUCUGCUAAUAUUAAGUGAGUUUACAUAGAAGUGAGGGAAUGUAACGCAGUCAAUUUGUACGAGCAUCUAACUCAAUACCAAACACUCGACUGUUAGGUGUCGUCAUAGGCUUAUGUACUUGCCACAUUAGUAUGUAUAUAUCUGAACUAUAGGAUAUAUAUUUUUGUCAUAGAUAUUUUUUCUGUCAAUAAACUGCAUAAUUUAGCUUUAAGCGUUAGGUGUACUCUAUCAUUAGGAACGUGAAAGGAAUUAGAUGUUAGGAGAUGGUAUUAUGUGAUAAAAGUGAAAAAAAAUAUUGAGAAUAUUAUAUUUCUUUUUUUAACAACCUGUAUUGUAUGCCUAUAAGUAAAUGAUAAUUUUAAUGAAGUUUCUUUUAUAAGAUAAUGUAAUCUGAUAUGACGUUACAAAGUGUAUAGAACGUAUUAAGAAAUAUUCAGAAAAAAUAUGAAUUAAUGUUACUGUUGUUAUAUAGCUUUAUGUAAAAACCAAAAGUGUUAUUAUGUUUUUAAGAUUAAAAAUUAUUUAGGUGUCGAAUGGAGAUAACCGGAGUAUCGAUGUAACCGAAGAGUUUAUAGUUGGUCGUAAUAUGACAAAGCAAAACCAACUCUGUUGAUUACAUAUUUUGGUCUAAUUUCUACGACCGUGAAUACAAUCAUGAACUUGUAAUAUCUCAUGAUUAUUUUUAGAGGCGAUUUUUAUGUAUUAACUUGAACGGAGAAGCACAUUAUACAUAUGGUGUCAUUCUAAGUGAAUGUCUUUAUAUUGUUUAAUAACAUUUUUAUUCAGUAUUGGCUCAAAGUAUUGUUUAUUCACGUGACGUGUUAUUGAGCUGUUUACCUAUUAGUUUAACAUGUGAUUAUGUAUUCGUUUGAUAUGUUUUGAUGAGCGCAUGCAUUAAAUUAUGAAUAAUUAAAUGAUGAAAUCGGUAUAAUAGUUUUAUUUUGACUCGUGUGUGUAAACAGCUCAGUCGAUGUAUUUUGUAGUUAGCAUUUUAACUGUGUGUAGUAUUAUAUCGUGUUUUUAAGUAGUACUUUGCCUUAGGCAUGUUUAUUAUCGUGUAAUAUAAAACUAAUAUGGUGACAGUAACUUCAUAUUUUUGGAGUCAGAAUUGCUCUUUUUUUUUCUUUUAUCUUGCAUUAUUUAUUACCAUUCUCAUCAGCUCAAUUUGUACAAAGAGAACAGAUUUAAGUCACAAAAACAAGUCAUUUUAGCUAUCAUGGCUCUACUCCACAUUAUAUUUGACAAUAUGGAGCUUCAAAGAAUACUUAUCUUCUUCUUGGCCUUCUCCCAAGUUAAUCAGGGUCAGUAUACUGUCUUCUCCAUUCUCUUCUGACGAGUCUAUCCUACUAAAAGUUGUUUUAACAAUUCUUAUACUUACACAGAAUCAAAUGUUUGUAUAUUACAUUUUGGUUUCUUAUAUUACUAUAAAUAGAAAAAACAAUGUUAGGUAUUUAAAUCUAAGCAUUGCUCUACUAAAAAUUGUAAGUCGAGAUUCGAACUACAUUCAGUUAAAAUGUUAAUUACCUAAAUAAAAACGAUGUUAAUUCAAUGGAGCCUAGCGCACGCUGGCUUGCGCUAAAGGUACAUGAUGCAAAGAAGCUUAUUGUUGACAAUGUCCACCGAAAUCUUUUGUAAAUAACAGAUUCAUUAAAUGAUAAUGAUGACUGA